UUGAGCCGGGUAGGAUGAUGAAGUGGCCUGCUGGCGGAUCUCAAAGUGGAGCUGGGGCCGAUGGACAGGCCGGAGAGCGGACCUCGAUGGACAGGCCGGAGAGCGGACCUUGAGGCGGUGUCACAGGCUGGGGCGGACCUUGGUGCCGGACAGGGUCAAUAAACAACAGCGGGCAGAGAUUCACUCCGGCCGGGGCCGGGACUGGUAAAUGAACUGGCUGGCUGUACGGCCAGCAGGAAGUUUACGAGAUAGAGGCGGAGCUUAAGCCAACGCAGUUUAUAGGAGGUGGGGCUUGAACCCAAGAGGGUGCGACUCAGAAAAAGAGGGGAGUUUCCAGGGAGAGUUUACCCACCGAGCCCCUCAUUUCUCUACACUGACAUCAUAUCUACCCUUUAAACUUUUCCCUUCUAGGACGAGAAGGAUGAGGAGAUGAGCACAAAGGUCUACUUAGACCUGGAGUGGACUGACUACAGGCUGAGCUGGGACCCUGAGGAGCAAGAGGGCAUCGAUUCACUCUGCAUCACUGCCGAAUCCGUGUGGCUAUCAGACGUGGUGCUCCUAAACAAGUCACCUACUUCCCCUUUGACUGGCAGAACUGCACCAUGGUGUUCAGUUCCUAUAGCUAUGACAGCUCAGAAGUCAGUCUGCAGACCGGCUUGGGUCCCGAUGGGCAGGAGCGGCAGGAAGUGCACAUUCAUGAAGGCACCUUUAUUGAAUGGUCAAUGGGAGAUUAUUCACAAGCCUUCUCGGCUAAUGCAGCCUCCAGUGGAUCCUAGGGGAGGGGGGGAAAGGCGGCGUGAAGAAGUCACCUUCUACCUCAUCAUUCGCCGGAAGCCUCUCUUUUACCUGGUCAACGUCAUUGCCCCAUGCAUCCUCAUCACUCUUCUGGCCAUCUUCGUCUUCUACCUGCCACCAGAUGCAGGAGAGAAGAUGGGGCUCUCGAUCUUUGCCCUGCUGACCCUUACUGUGUUCCUGCUGCUGCUGGCAGACAAAGUGCCUGAGACCUCCCUGUCUGUCCCCGUCAUUAUCAAAUACCUCAUGUUUACCGUGGUCCUCGUCACCUUCUCAGUCAUCCUUAGCGUCGUAGACCUCAACCUACACCCUCGCUCACCCCACACCCACCAAAUGCCCCUUUGGGUCCGUCAGGUAAGAAGAUCUCCUCUCCAACCUGUGUUAACUCUCAAUCCUAGUAUUUGGCUUUUUGUCCAGGUAUCGCUCCUCCCUCCCACCAACUUCAACCUUCCCUUUCACAGACCUGAGGGAGAACUACAACUCCUGGUAGAGUGUCAAAGUGCCAAGGUCUUUGAGUGUUGAAAUGUUGCCCAAUUAAUUUUAUCCUCCCAUCAUUGACGUUGCGUAGAUCCCAGACUCUCUUCAUCAAUACUGCCCAUCGUGGGUCCCAAGGAAGCAUUCUAAGGGUGAGGUACUAUCAGGGUUGAAGCCCUCAGAACUUUUCUUUCCAGUCGGGAUGUCUCCUAACCCACUUAAGAACUCUUGGGCUGUGUAGUUGCAUUUCAUCUGUGGGACGCAUGGACGCAUGCGCAGGAAUGGGCACGUGCCGUGGGGGUGGUUGGCGGCUUCCCUUCUGGUCUGAGAGCAUAAGAGCCCCCUCCAAUACGCCUCUUCUUCUACUCUGCAGAUCUUUAUCCACAAACUCCCUCUGUAUCUGGGUCUGAAGAGACCCAAACCUGAGAGAGACCAGAUACCGGAGCCACCUCCUAUACCUCUCAGAGAUUCUCCACGAAGUGGCUGGGG